AUGGGUAACGCAGGAAGUAACCAACCUAAAGAAUGGCAUAAAGAUAACACUGUUAAGCACCCCGAUGUAGGACCAUCUUCACCUACAAAGGAAGGCGAAGCAUUCACAUUUGACAAAAAAGUUGACGACCGCAGUGGUCGAGAAGAUGACAGUAUUAUAGAAGAUGGGGCGCCAUAUUAUACUAAGGCAGUGCCUGAAAGUAACUUGGAGUUUGAAACAAGGGAAAGAUCAAACACAUUGACUGAGAGCACUAAGGUUGCUGAUGAUGUUAAGGUUCUACCUACUGUAUUUAAAUGGGAAGGUGGAGGCAAACAGGUUUUCAUUAGUGGUACUUUCACUGAUUGGAAAACUAUUCCAAUGGUUAAGUCUCAUGGGGAUUUUGUAACGAUAAUAGAUUUGCCUGAGGGUGAACAUCAGUAUAAGUAUUUUGUUGAUGGAGAAUGGAGGCAUGACCCAACAGUGAAAGUUAUAGAUAAUGGGAUGGGAUCAAAAAAUAAUUUAGUAACUGUAAAAUUAUCCGAUUUUGAAGUUUUUCAAGCACUAGCAAAAGACAGUGAAGGAGUUCAUAGUAGUGCACAAACUGAAUAUUCACAGGAAAUACCACAAUCUAAGCCUUGGGAAAAAGUUUCAGGCCCUCCUAUAUUACCACCUCAUCUUUUACAAGUUAUUUUAAAUAAGGAUACUCCACUUUCUUGUGAGCCAACGUUACUACCAGAGCCCAAUCAUGUUAUGUUAAAUCAUCUGUAUGCACUUUCUAUUAAAGAUGGGGUGAUGGUUUUAUCAGCAACACAUCGUUAUAGAAAAAAAUAUGUGACAACACUUCUAUAUAAGCCAAUAUAA